AUGUCGGAAAAUAAUGAAAAAGAAACUCAAAUUUCUUCCAAACGUUCUAUGCCAAAAGAUCGCGACAUUUCACGAAAUAAUAAUAAUACUAUGACGGAUAGUAAUAAAAGUGAUAUGUCACGAAAAUCUUUGAAUAAACAUUUGCGAAAGCCGAGCUUUACGAGUAAUAAUAAUUCACGAGUUUCUUCAACAAUUGGUGUCUCUAAUGAUCGGUUCGGGGGCGAUCUAUGCAGCGAUGACAGCCAUGAACUUACAUAUGAAGAUAACUCAAGCGAAGAUGAGGAAAACGAUAAUCUUCAAGAGAAUUUCGAUCCAUUUAAGCAUUUUCAUCGUAAAGAGGAUUCCUUAAGAACACCUUUUCAACUUAAAUGUUAUUAUUUCUUUGAAGAACCAAUGACCAAAUGGGGAAGAGCGUUUGUAGUAUUUUCAUCUACAUGUACGAUUGCCGUUGUUGUAAUGAUUUGUAUCAUUUCUUGGCCGACCAUGAACAUACUAGAACCCAAGACUUAUAAAGAAAUUUGGUUUCCACUUGAUAUUAUAGUCCUUAUCACUUUUACUAUUGAAUAUCUUGGAAGAUUUUAUGCUUCUAUAAAUAAAUGGAAGUUUUUUUAUCAACCGAUGAACUUGAUUGAUUUAAUAUCAAUAAUACCGUUUUACGUUCAUUUGUUGACCAUAACUAGCGUACAUCAGUCCUUGUUACAAGUUAUUAGAGUGUUGCGUUUAUUCAGGCUUCUAAGAUUAUUUCGUGCUGCAAAAUACUCGGCUGGCUUUAACAUCACAGCAAAAGUAUUUCAGCGUUCUGCUUAUCAAAUUGUUAUGGUGUCUGUAUAUUUAUUGGUGAUAUUGUUGACAUCUUCGGCUUUAAUGUUUUAUAUUGAACGCGGCGAAUUUGAUAAACGUAAUUUGACUUGGUACCGUAUCGGAGAAGAUGGAAACAGUGAAAUUAGUCCCUUCCAAUCGAUUAUUCACUCUUUUUGGUGGUCGAUAGUUACACUUACUACCACGGGCUACGGCGACGCGGUUCCGGUCACUGGUCCCGGCAAAUUAAUUGCAGCAUUAACCAUGACAUGUGGUAUUCUAGUAAUUGCACUCCCAACUUCUAUUAUCGGAUCAAACUUUAACGCUGAAUGGGCCUUUCAACGUCGACUUCAAUUUCAAUUGAGAGUGCAUAAAACACGAGAACAAGCUAAAUCUCUUAUAGAGAUCGGGGAGAACAAGAAUAAAAAGAUCAAACUUCUUCAAAAUCAAAAUAAAACCAUGCUUGAAGGAUUAGCGGAAAUUCAAGAAAGACUAUCAGAGAUUAAUCCACCAAGGUAUUACCGAAAGUAUAAGAACCUUCAAAUAAAACAUAUUGAGGCAUUAGACAAAAUUACAGAAUUAGAGAAUAAGCUAGAAAGAUGGAAACGUAUAGCUAAAAAUCUUGGAUCAUUCAAUAAUUAUGAAUCACCACCGGAUGAUAAAUCGGAUGCUGAUCAAACUGUUUUAGUUCAAGGUAAACGGAGUAAAUGGAAAUGGAAGAAUGCACCCUUCCGAACGUCCUCACAACUAAGUAUGCGCAAAGCUGCGACUGAAUUGGAUGAUAAAGAUAACAGCGUAUUAAAAUCGAAGGGAAUAUUACAUCCUUUUAGAACAUUAAGUAAUAAAAUUGGAAAAUCGGCAACAAGUAUAACAACGCGGAAACGUCAACCCUCAGGACCGAUUACGAGUGAAAUGAUAAGUUCUCCUACAGAAUUACGACAUACAUUCAAUCCAAUAAUUGAUUCAGAAAGAGACUUUACACGUCGCAGCUCUCGUCCUAUGCUAAAUAGGACAUCAAGUGAACCCAGUGGAGAUUCAAAUGCAUUUGCUAGUAGGUCUGAUAAAGAUGAGAGUAACAUUGAUGAGAAUAAUGUUUUGGUUAAAAAUCAAGCAUCUUGUUCUCCUGAAGACAAUAUAUCAACAAACAAAGCAAAUCAGGACAAUAUACAAAAGGACGGUAUUGAAAUCAUUAUUGAUGAUCAAAAUACGCGAAGUGUUACAAAUAAUAAUACAGAACAUAUAGAGAAUUCUAAAUAUAAUAAAGAUACUAUUUAA